UUGCUCUUUCUAUAUAGUGGUUUUUGGGGGUCCUGUGUGUGUGAGCUCGAGAAAGCGGCUGCGGCGCGCCCUAGCUCUUCUUCCUCUCCGCGAGAGAGGUUCGUCGGAUUCAGCGCCUCCGCCUCGCCGCUCGACAAGCCAAAGAUGAGGGAAAUCUUGCACAUCCAGGGCGGCCAGUGCGGCAACCAAAUCGGUGCCAAGUUCUGGGAGGUGAUCUGCGACGAGCAUGGUAUCGAUCCGACCGGGACAUACCAUGGCGACUCUGAUCUUCAGCUGGAGAGGAUCAACGUCUACUACAACGAAGCCAGCGGCGGCCGCUUUGUGCCACGCGCAGUUCUCAUGGAUCUAGAACCGGGUACCAUGGACAGCGUGAGAGCCGGGCCAUUCGGUCAGAUUUUCAGGCCGGACAACUUCGUCUUUGGCCAGACGGGUGCGGGCAACAAUUGGGCCAAGGGUCACUACACCGAAGGGGCCGAGCUUAUUGAUUCGGUUCUCGACGUCGUUCGAAAGGAGGCCGAGAGUUGUGACUGUUUGCAAGGCUUUCAAGUCUGCCACUCUCUUGGUGGUGGUACCGGAUCGGGAAUGGGUACCCUCUUGAUAUCCAAGAUACGCGAGGAGUACCCCGAUAGAAUGAUGCUGACAUUCUCAGUUUUCCCGUCGCCAAAGGUCUCAGACACUGUCGUGGAACCAUACAAUGCUACUCUCUCCGUCCACCAGCUCGUGGAAAAUGCUGACGAGUGCAUGGUUCUGGACAACGAGGCUCUUUACGACAUUUGCUUCCGCACGCUCAAACUGACAACGCCAACAUUUGGAGACCUCAACCAUCUGAUCUCUGCCACAAUGAGCGGUGUUACGUGUUGCUUAAGGUUUCCAGGACAGCUGAACUCCGAUCUCCGGAAGUUGGCUGUCAACCUGAUCCCAUUCCCGCGGCUCCACUUCUUCAUGGUCGGGUUUGCGCCUCUUACCUCGCGGGGCUCCCAGCUCUACAGGGCUCUCACCGUUCCGGAGCUGACCCAGCAAAUGUGGGACGCCAAGAACAUGAUGUGCGCGGCGGACCCCAGGCACGGGAGGUACCUCACAGCCUCGGCGAUGUUCCGGGGCCGGAUGAGCACCAAGGAGGUUGACGAGCAGAUGAUCAACGUCCAGAACAAGAACUCGUCCUACUUUGUGGAGUGGAUCCCCAACAACGUCAAGUCCAGCGUGUGUGACAUCCCUCCCAAGGGGCUCAAGAUGGCGUCCACCUUCAUCGGCAACUCGACUUCCAUCCAGGAGAUGUUCCGGCGCGUGAGCGAGCAAUUCACUGCGAUGUUCCGGAGGAAGGCCUUCCUGCAUUGGUACACGGGCGAGGGAAUGGACGAAAUGGAGUUCACCGAGGCUGAGAGCAACAUGAACGAUCUGGUGUCCGAGUAUCAGCAAUACCAGGACGCGAGUGCCGAGGAGGAGUACGACGAGGAGGCCGAAGAACUGGAGCAGUGAUAUGUCUCGCCCAAAAGGUGGAGUAGUGAUUUCUCCAGUGACCGAGCUUCUCCUUUUCCUGACCAUCGUUUUUUCCCUGGUUUCUUCUAUAGUGGUUUAGAUUAGAUGAUUUAUAGCUACUGCUGUGUUCUUUGUAUCUCAAUCAAGCUUACUUGAUGGUUUGUUCUUUCUACGUGGAAAUUAAAGUUUACAAAUAAUUCUUUUA